UUAUUACUUACAGGAAAAACAAAACCCUAGAAAUCUUUCUUCUACCGAUCUGCUUCUCCUCUUUUCAGUUUAUCUGGUUCUGCAAAGCGGCGAGUUUUCUGGUAGCUAUCUCUUCCGACAGCAGCAAUCAUGGCGUCGAAGUACGACUUGACGCCACGUAUAGCGCAGCAAUUGGACAUUCACUUGAUUUUCCCGUUACUGGAGUUUUUGCAAGAGCAGGGACUAUACCCAGAUGAAUAUAUACUCAAGGCGAAGAUUGAGCUGCUUAAUCACACUAACAUGGUUGAUUAUGCUAUGGAUAUUCAUAAGUCUCUCUAUCAUACCGACGAUGUACCUCAAGAAAUGAUGGAGAGGAGAGCUGAGGUUGUGGCAAGGUUGAAAGCACUUGAGGAAGCUGCAGCCCCAUUGAUCACUUUUUUGCAGAAUUCCAGUGCUGUGCAGGAGUUGAGAGCUGACAAACAGCACAAUCUUCAGUUGCUCCAGGAGCGGUACCAGAUUGGUCCGGACCAGAUAGAGGCAUUGUAUCAAUAUGCCAAAUUCCAGUUUGAAUGUGGAAACUACUCUGGUGCUGCAGAUUAUCUUUACCAGUACCGAGCAUUGUGCACAAACAGUGACAGGAGCGUCAGUGCAUUGUGGGGAAAGCUUGCAGCGGAGAUACUAAUGCAGAAUUGGGAUAUUGCACUCGAGGAACUCAACCGCUUGAAGGAAAUUAUUGACUCAAAGAGUUUCUCUACUCCGUUGAAUCAAGUUCAGAAUAGAAUAUGGCUAAUGCAUUGGAGUCUAUUCAUCUUCUUCAACCAUGACAAUGGCAGGACACUGAUCAUUGACCUAUUUAACCAGGACAAAUACUUGAAUGCCAUUCAAACAAGUGCUCCCCACUUGCUGCGAUACUUGGCUAUUGCAUUUAUUGUCAACAAGAGAAGAAGACCUCAAUUUAAGGACUUUAUAAAGGUUAUUCAGCAGGAGCAACACUCUUGCAAAGAUCCCAUCACAGAGUUUUUGGCAUGUAUUUACGUCAACUAUGAUUUUGAUGGAGCACAGGAGAAGAUGAAGGAGUGCGAAGAGCUAAUAUUGAAUGACCCAUUCCUUGGAAAAAGAGCUGAAGAUGGCAGUUUUUCCUCUGUGCUAUUGAGAGAUGAAUUCCUUGAAAAUGCUCGCCUUUUUAUCUCUGAGACCUACUGCCGCAUUCACCAACGCAUUGACAUGGGGGUUCUAGCUGAGAAACUUAACUUGAACCUUGAGGAGGCAGAGCGAUGGAUAGUGAAUCUUAUCAGGACCUCAAAGCUUGAUGCCAAGAUCGACACUGAAACUGGGACAGUUACAAUGGAACCAAAUCAGCCUAAUGUGUAUGAGCAGCUCAUCGAUCACACCAAGCCCCUUUCUGGACGCACUUACAAAUUAGUCAGCCAGCUUCUCGAACAUGCACAAACACAACUUGCUAGAUAGUUUGGUUGAAGACAUUAAGCUCGUGCCAAUUUUGCAUUGCUCCCGUACCUGAUUAACACCUUUAUAUUCAAGAAUGUUUGUUUUUUUUAAUGCCUGGAUUUCCCUUGGAGGAAAUUUUGAUAUACAUGAUGAAUUAUACAUCGUUUCGUAUAACUAUUU